AUGUUUACCAACUUGCUACAAAUCCCAUUUCGAAUAUGUGACACGAUACCUCUUUACGAUGUUCUCUCUGAGAUUAUCCGAAAGGACUACUUUCAACCAGUGAGCUCAUUCGAGAACGAUUUGAAGAACGCUCAGCGUUUACAAAAUGACAUCGCAGUUCUAUCACGAGAAAAAGACAUUGACAUCGAACGGUUUGAGCAGACUUUGUAUCAGUAUUAUCAUUUGCUUUCUGAUCUUAGUAACAAGUUUAUGGACAACAGCGUAUCGUUUGAGUGGUAUGGUACUCUACGUUAUCAGCCUAAGCAUUGCUCGUUUUCCUCAUGGAAGCAAGAGCAGCUACAACUUAUAUACGAAAUGGGAUGCUUGAAGUCAUACCACGCUUUGAAUGGAAAUGCCUAUACCGACGAAGGGCUCAAGCUGGCAUGCCAAUCAUUGAAAGUUGGCGCUGGAUAUUUUGACGUGCUUUUGAAGAUGGACCCUCAGAUACGUGCUGAAUUGCCUGAUUUCGAUGAAGAUACUCUCCAGUGUCUUAAGGGCAUGUUAAUUGCGCAGGCCCAGGAACUCGUUUGGCUGAAGGCGGCUAUGGGGAACACAGUGAAAGAUCACAUCAUUGCUCGUCUAUCGAUCAAAGUGUCUGAGUUGUACGACAAGGCGGCAUUCUAUGCGUCGGAGUCCGAUAGCAUAACUUUGGAUUGGAUCAAUCAUUUUAAGGUGAAGAAGUUUCACUUCGAGGCUGCUGCUCACUAUCGAAUGUCUAUGGUGGCAAUUGACUCGUUUAGGUAUGGAGAUCAGGUUGCUCAUUUGAAAGUUGCAUUAAAAGUUUGUGACGAGGGUCUCAAGUACAAAAGCUACGUUGACAAGUCAGUCAUUGAAGAUCUUCAGGGAUUGACAGAAGUGGUGAAGAGCACCCUCAAGGGUGCAGAAAAAGACAAUGACUUGGUUUACCUCAAACCUGUGCCAAACGCUCGCGAGUUGCCAGCAAUCGCUGGCGUUUCCAUGGUUGAGAUACUGUGUCCUGAGUCUUUCUUUCAAAGACCACUUGGUAUUGAAGCCUUUAAGGCACUUGUACCGUUUUCAAUCAUUCAAAUUGCUCAAGCAUUUAGAGAGCGUCAAGACGCAUUUAUCGUUGACCACUUUCACGAGCCACUAGGGGCUCUAACUCGUAUGUUCAGCAAAUUUUUGGCGGAAAGAGAUCUACCGGCAUCAAUUGACUCCAUUCAAAAACCUGAGAGCAUUCCUGACUCAUUACUACAGCAUUCCCUGGAGAUCAUUUCGAUCGGAGGCACAAAGCUCAUUGAGAACUCGAUGCUUGAAAUCGGUAAAUUAGGCAAGCAAUGCCAAGACCUUGUUGAAGCUUGCGAGGAGCGCUUGACGAUGGAAAGGUAUGAAGAUCGCUUAAUGAGGGAAAGACAAGGCACAAAUCGCUGGAACCGAGAGAUGUCAGAAACAGCAGCUGCAGCAUUUUCUUCUAGAGUUUCAAAGAUGAAUACGUACCUAGAACAGGGUUUGCAGAGCGAUUCAUUGAUAAUGAAUCUGUACAAUAGUAUAAAGGAUAUUCUUCUAAUAUACUGUGGUGGUAAUCGGGCACUCCUCAGCACAAUUCCCAAAUCCUCAAGAGCACAUGUUGACACCAAAGUUGGCCAGGUAAUAGGGGAACUUCGCGAGUUAUUAACAGCAGCUGAUAAACUUGAGCAAAGCAAACAAAGAACAAUAUCGUCUGUUAACAUCAAAUCAAGAGAUCACAGUGUGUUUCCAGUUGUGAUGGGCCAAUACAAGAAGAACCCUCAGAGAUUUUUAGACGAUGAGGGCAAGGUGUCAUCCAGAAAAUUUGAGGCGGUAUAUGAGAGUCAUAUCAAAGCAUUUGAAACGGAUAUAAAACACGUGGAUCAGAUUAAACAAAAGCAGAUUGACCUUGAGAAGAAGAUUCACGAGAAGAACUUGCAGCUUAUCGAAGUGAAAAAAGCUCUUGAAGAUUCGUCUCAAAUUAACCGUCACCAGGCUCUUCAGAGCUUUGAAGAGGCCUACGUACAAUACUUGGAGCUUGUCUCCAACUUAAACCAAGCGUCUAGAUUUUACUCGGACUUUUUGGAGAAAGGAAACGCUUUGUUGCAUGAAAUAGACCAAUUCCUCUAUUCACGGAGAGAAGAGGCGAGGGAGUUGCUGAUUAAUAUUGAAAACCAAGACAAGCUUAGGAAAAUUGAGGACUCUAUGCAAAAUAAUCGAGUUCCCCUUGCGGCUCCGCAAAGUCAGCGGGCUAUUUCCAGGGACCCUACUGAAGACAUGCAUCUGCCAUGA